CGCCGGUCGCAUACCACGGUAGCGCGUCGUUCGAAGCUCUAGGUAACGAUUCAACGUUAAUUGCUUUUAAUUCCUGGCACGCGUGUGUCUACGUAUUAGACAAAAACUCUAGUGAUUCUCAGUGACGUACAUAGUCUUAUCUCAAAUCGGCCACACGAUGCGUAACAGAGCCGAAGAGAUCGAGCCGCGUGGCGAUGUAGUGCAUGGCCAGUGAAAGACACGCAACCUUUAUCCUGCUACGUGUUUAUAUUCGCCUUUGUGGUCAUGGAAACGGUGAUCUGACACUUCGUCCUGGAUAAUCGUCGUAAACGCGCCUAGUGAACGUUCCUUGGCAACGUGCUUCAUCGAGAAACCGGGCAGUUUCUUCGAGCUUCGACGGCCAGUUCCAAGCCACGCUUCACAGCCGGUCGAAAUCAUCGUGACUAUGCUCAACUGUUUCCGCUGGGGUCUUAUCGCUCGUCUAGAACCGCGAGGAGCGUUGCACCAAAGCGCGGUAAACACCGGCGUUUGAUUAUUGUCAAUGGCUUUCGUGGCAAGUCGGCUUUAAGCGGAAAAAACACGACUGUUUAUCGAUUAAAGCAUAUGAUAGAUAACGAAAUAACGACCUGUUAAGGGAUAUUGAAUUAUUGAUGAUCUCAUGAAUUGUCAUUGCUCCAACCAUGAGUUAUUAUUAAUCGCUCGAGAUCGAUAAGAAGACACAUAUUUAUCGAGAACAUCCAGCAGUGAACGUCCAUAAUGGCUUUGGCAAAGAUCAAGAGUUUUAUAGACACGGGGCUGAAGACCGUGUCCACGCCGUUAGAUCGCACGGUAAAUCUGGAACCGGAAGUGGGCAUUAGGAUCGUUCAUUCGAUCAACGAGAAAGCGUUGCAUGUGACGGUACUGGGUGCUCGUCACUUGCCACAGAAUUUUGGCUUCACACGCGUCAACAGCUACGUAGUCAAGGUGAAGUUAAUACCGGGAAAGGAGAAGUUCGAGACAACGUCGAAGAACGAGUCGUGGCCGCAAUGGAACGAGGAAUUCACGUUUCCUCUACGCAAAGAGACGAAACAGAAAUUUGGUAAAACAAAAGUGGUAGAAGAAGAAAUCAGUGGAUCCAGAUUCAUCGUGGCGACUUUGUACGCGGUUCUCGAGGACAAACCAUUGAUAGCGACUGAGAAGAAGGAAGAGAAGACCUCGUCUUCCACUAAAGAAUCUCCAAAAAAGGGGAACAAGAAAAAAGAUGGUCAGGGUGCCUCUUCGGAGAAUCAGGAGCCAACGAAGAAUAAAUUACUCAGUCAGUUCUUUAAUAAGGGAUCGGAUAAAUCUGCGGACACUACAACCACGGAAAGGAAACUGUUUGAUAAGAGACGAACUGUAGGCGCCACGACGAUUUCCCUGGACCCGAAAAACUUCACCUCGAAGCCACACAAAGCAAAACACCCAAGUGAUGUGUCGACUGGAGAUAUGUGGAAGCCAUUGCGACCAAUUGCUAGUGGCAUUUCUGGAGCUGAAGAGAGGAAGGAAAAUAAGAAAGGCCAGGUGGAAUUGUCACUGUGCCAAGAAAAGACGGACAAGAAUGAAGAGGGUAGCGAAAAACUGACACUGUCUCUGCAUCGUCUGAGAUGUUCGUUACAGACAAUGCACGAGCAUGAAGCCUUGAAAGGACAGAUGUAUAUCAAGAUGUCUGUUGUAGACAACGGUAGAGUGACUCAUUUCUGGAAAAGCGAUCGUUUCGCACCUUGCGUGUCUAUGAAAUUCGCGCCAGACUCGGCAAGAGUGAUCGCGGAUAAUCCGUAUCAGGGAGCACUGAAGGAUGUUAGCUUCGUUGUUAAAUUCGUCUCGAAAAAUAAAUUAGGAAAGAAAACGACUGUUGGUCAUUUUGUAAUAGGACCAGAUGUUGGUGGAACCUAUGGUGAACAGUGGAAACAGGCUCUAGCGAAAUCGGGACAACAGAUAAUGAAAUGGCAGGCAUUCGAGUGAGAACGUGAAUAUAUCAAUAAACUUCGACGUCUAUUCAGUUUUCCUUCGAGUAUAAACCUACUUUCGAUUCGCGCGAAUGUCAUGAAUAUUUAAGCGCACGGUCGAUAGUGUCGUUCCAAAGAAUACUUAUGUUAGACGAACAUCUGUGAAUAUGAAAGGCAUUCAUAUUGUAAAUUAUUUCUUUCGUCAAAUUUACUUUUAUUCCGCUUUCUUUAUUUUUUUGAUUCUUUGUAAAACAACUUGCACAAAAGUAUUUUAUCGACUUGAUUGUACAUAUCGAUUGUUUUAUACAACCGUCCUCGAUUCCAAGACAGAUUUGUGAACGUUUCUGCCGAGGAUCGGAAUAAUAGAACCGUCCAAUAAAUAAGUGGUUACCACCGUUGAAUAGAAACGAAUACGAAAUUCAUCGAAUCGUAAUUGUGAAAGGAAAAAAUGAAGAUAUACAUUAAAUUUUGUGCCAGAGGAAAUCGUAAGCAGGUAGUUAGCAGCUGCUCAGUAAGAUGUAUAAUAUGGAUAUAACGAUGCGUUUUUACUCUAUUUAGAUCUAGCGGAUCCACUUUUUAUUUUGUAUUAGCGCUUUUCUGAGGUACUUUUAAGAUGAAUCAGAAAAUCAAUGGAAAAGUAUUUUUUUUGACAUAUAUAGGAUAUUUUACAUUAUGACGAUUUUCAAUUUGUUCAGUAGAAAUGGUAGCGAUAAACAUUUCGCUCAUUGUUUCUAUUGUAAUUUUGUUCGAAAGUAGGCAUUAACGUAUUAUAUCUUAAAUAAUAGUAUUUUGUUUAAAGAAUUAUUUAUAUCGCUGCAAUUAAUUGCAUAUGUAUUUUAUUAUGGAAAUUAAUUAUAUUUCGAGGAAUAUCGUUAAGGUCUAAACAGUCACACCAAAAGAUUUGUAUGUACAAUAUCAUUAACGCACUCAUCUGUAUGACAGAGAUAUAUUUUAUAUGUAAUACACCUGUUGUUAUACAUAAA